AUGAUCGGUCUCCUCAUUUCCAUAGUGUUAUUAACGGUCGCUGUAAUGCGACUCUACAAUAACGCUUAUAAAAGGCCGGUCAAUUUUCCCCCAGGUCCACCCAGUCUUCCGUUAUACGGUGCGUAUUGGUUGCUGUUGGCAAAAGUCUACAACAAUUUAGCAGCUGCAUGUAUUAAAUUUUCUGAGGAAUAUAAGACGAAGGUCCUGGGAAUGAGUAUUGGAGCGGUGCCAGUAGUUAUAGUGAACGAUGCCAAACUGAUCAAAGAAGUACUUAAUCGCGAGGAGUUUGACGGUCGUAUGGACAUUAUAUUGGGCCGUUUGAGGUCUUUUUGGAAAAAACUUGGAAUAUUUUUCACGGACGGAUACUUUUGGCAAGUUCAAAGGAGGUUUACCCUCCGAUACAUGCGUGAUUAUGGCUUUGGCAGACGCGAUGAAAUUUUGGAGACAACGAUUGCUCACGAAACCAAAGAAAUGCUUAAUAUAGUCAUCAAUGGGCCCAAAUACCACGCCGAAAACGACAUGGUGAGGGGUGACCUGAUAUAUCUGCCGCAUUUCUUCGCUGUCCCUUUUGUUAACGGUUUGCUGCAAGUCUUCACAAGGACAACCGUACCGAGAUCGGAUUAUCACGCUCUGUGGGACGUGGCUCGCGGCGCUUUGAUGUUUCAGCGCAGCUCCAAUGACCUCGGCGCGGCUUUGAGUUUUACGCCCUGGCUAAAGGACGUUAUGCCCAGAUAUAGCGGGUACAAGGGCCUCAGAGAAGGCAAUCAACGCAUAUUGGACUUCCUUGCGAAAAUCGUUAACGAGGCCGUCGAGACUCACGACGAAUCCUACGACCGCCACUUCCUUGAUAUGUACAUAAAAAAGAUGAAGGAAGAAAUGAAACAGCAGAAGCGGUCCACAUACUCAGUGGACCAGCUAUUGCUAGCAUUUACGGAUUACAUGUUCCCAACGGCGUCGGCAGUGGAGUCGGUACUCACGAUGUUGAUCGAAAGGGUGCUAUUGAACCCUGGGGUGCAAGAGAAGAUUCACGAGGAAAUAGAUCGCGUGGUGGGACGCGACAGGAUGCCGACCCUGAACGAUCGCAGCAAUAUGCCGUACACAGAAGCGUGUCUCAGAGAAGCGAUGAGAAUAGAUUCUCUGGUGCCCCUUGGAGUACCACAUCGAGCUAUGAGAGACACCAAGCUUGACGGAUAUGAUGUCCCGGCGGAUACAAUGGUCAGUGUUAAUUACGUAGCUUUGCAUAUGGACAAGGAGAUAUGGGGCGAUCCUGAAGUCUUCCGUCCAGAGAGAUUCAUUGUCAACGGUCAAUUAAAAGUCAACAAAGAUAAGUCCCUGCCGUUUGGUGCAGGCAGAAGACUCUGUGCAGGCGAAACAUUUGCUCGUCAGAGCAUGUUCCAAGUUUUCGCGGCUUUCAUGCAGGCGUUCUACGUGUCUACCGCCGACGGAAAGCCCCUUGAGGAUCCGGCUACUAGGAUCCAGGGAAUCAUAACGACCAUCCCAAAUUUUUGGGUCCGUGUAACUAAAAGGUCA